AUGAAAAAAGAUACAGAAAUUAUGACCAGUUAUUUGGCUGAAUACUCAGAUACUGUGGAAGCUCUUCCUUUAGAAUUACAGAGAAAUUACACACUCAUUCGACAAUUGGAUGAAAGCGCAGAAGAGCUAUUAGCUCAGAUUGCGGCAGAGUCGAUAUCGUUAACAAAACCCCAAAAGGCCCUGACGACUGAAGAGCGAAAGAAGCGGUUAGAACACAUUGGUCAACUUUUGAAUGAGACAUUGAAAAAAGGGGAAGAGAAGCUUGCUCUAGCGAAAUCAACAUACGACACUGUGGACAGACAUUGCACAAGAUUGGAUAACGAUUUACAAAAGAUUGAAGAUGAACAACUUAUUGGACCUGGUCGCACCGCAGCUGUUUCCCACUCAACACCAGCCAAACGAGAUAUCUCCUCUCUGGAGGAUGCAACACCCAGAAAACAAACAGGUCGAAAAAAGAGCAGAAAGACACAGGCAGAGAAAAAGGCGGACGAGAAUGCAUUUUCUCAAGAAGACGCUAUACAACAGGCACAAGCUGCCGCAUCUUUGAGUGAUCUGCCAAUUGAUCCUAAUGAGCCGCUGUAUUGCUACUGCUCCCAAGUAUCAUUUGGAGAAAUGGUGGCAUGUGAUAGUGGCGAUUGUGAAAUUGAGUGGUUCCAUCUAGAAUGUGUUGGAUUAAAGACACCACCCAAAGGAAAAUGGUAUUGUAAAAACUGCACAGUGGACCUCAAAAAGAAAAAGAACAUCUAA